CCUCGUCCUUGCUGUACGUUCUAUACUUGCAAUUGUGCAGACGAUAGCAACCGCGCGUUGCAUGCGCACACCGCCUUUCGCCAAGGGUAUUUAUACUCGGCGGGUCUUGCACCUACUCGUCCACAGCCUUUCCUCAUUCCCUUCAUUCAUUCUCUCCCUUGCUUUUCUCUGUCCCGGUGCAGGAUCACCGUGUGGGACGCUCUUAUAAUCCACCGACUGGCUCAGAUUCAUAUCUUUCUCGCCACUCAUGAAAUAUACCGCAUUGGCCGUUGUCCUCGGUGCUGCAUAUGCAUCCGCGCAAUCCCUCUCCUCGAGCUGCAUCGCCACCCUCACCACGCUCGUCGCCGCCCCCGAAUUCGCCUGCCUCAACGCCCAGGCCCUCCUCCCGCUCGCCUCCUCCUCCAGCCAGUCCAUCGUCGGCCCCGUCAACCAGUGGCUGCAGGGCAUGUGCGCCCAGCCGGCGUGCACCAACGACGUCGUCUCCGCCGCCGUCGCGAACGUCACGCAGGGGUGCCAGGCCGAUCUGGAGGCACACGCGCUGGGCACGAGCGGGGGCGCGCUCGCCCUCGUCACGCCCGUCGUCCAGCUCGCGUACCCCACCGCGCGCCAGGUGGCGUGUCUGCAGGAUCAGAGUGAUGGCAACGCGUUCUGCGCGACGGAGCUCCUGACCUCCCUCCAGGCGAGCGUCGGCCCGCUCACCGUCGCCAAGCUCGUGCAGGUCGCCAUGGGCGUGCAGCUCACCGACCAGGGGCUCACGGGCCUCCCGCAGAACGUCACCUGCUCGGCUUGCGUCAAGCAGGCGUACAACCUCGUCGACAAGAGCUUCCCGCAGUACGCGGCCGCGGCCGGCGCGGUGCUGCAGAGCCAGUGCGGGGCGGGGUUUACUGAUGGCGCGACGCCGGCGGGUAUCGUCGAGAUUGCGUCGACGGCGUCCGCGACCGACGCGUCGAAGAAUAGUGGUGCGCGGGGCUUGCUGUCCACGGGCGCGUGGGGCGUUGCGGCGUCGGCGCUCGUGGCGCUCUUCUCUGCGUUUGUGGUACUGGCAUAAUGAGCUUUGUGCACUUUACGACAUGGACUGCUAGCUACUGAACAGGGCAUUGUGAUACUAAUGGAAUGACGGGGCGUGUAAUAUAAUCUAAUGCGUGCGCGGAAUAUAAAGCUGGUGGAAUACUGC